UCUCCAGCCUCCGGCACCACCACCGGUGCACUACAACUCUAUCCCUCCAGCCCUGUAAAAUCCUCCUGCAUGUGAUCAUGCACAUGCUGCGAAGGUAAAGGUGCGGUGCUACUACUCAUGGGCUCUUGGCAGCAAGGAGAACUUCAGGCAACAGCCAUGGAUGGUGCAGCAGCGGCGGGAGCAGGAAGCGGCGGCGGUGACCACCGCCUCAUCGGCUUGAGGAUCGAGGAGUACGGGAAGUACAUCUCGGACUCCACCUGUUGCCCCCAGUGUGGCCACAAGAUCGACCGAAAGCUGGACUGGGUGGGGCUGCCGGCCGGGGUGAAGUUCGACCCGACGGACCAGGAGCUGAUCGAGCACCUGCAGGCGAAGGUCCGGCCUGGUUCGGCGGCGGCGCCAUCGCACCCGCUGAUCGACGAGUUCAUACCCACCAUUGAGGGGGAGGAUGGCAUCUGCUACACCCAUCCUGAGAAACUGCCAGGUUUGACCAAGGACGGCCUGAGCAGGCACUUCUUCCACCGGCCGUCCAAGGCCUACACCACCGGCACGCGCAAGCGCCGCAAGAUCCAGCCGCCGGCGGCCGACGCCUCGUCGUCCUCCGCCCCGGCCGCGCAGCAGCAGCAGCAGCGGAGCGAGACGCGGUGGCACAAGACCGGCAAGACGCGGCCGGUGGUGGUCGCCGGCCGGCAGCGGGGGUGCAAGAAGAUCCUGGUGCUCUACACAAACUUCGGCAAGCACCGCAGGCCGGAGAAGACCAACUGGGUGAUGCACCAGUACCACCUCGGCGAGAACGAGGAGGAGCGCGAGGGCGAGCUCGUCGUGUCCAAGAUCUUCUACCAGACGCAGCCGAGGCAGUGUGGCGCCGCGGCGGAACCUGCCGCCCCCGCCUCCUCUGACACCGUGGAUGGAGCUGCUGACCCGGCGGCGGAGGCCGUGGUAGCCCCACCCGAUGUCGGCGACGGCGGUGUGUUCCACGGCGCCACUGGCAUUGACGAGUUCAACUUCGCGCAGUUCAGGAGCAGCUUUGAGGAGGUGGGCGUGGGAACAUCAGUUCAGGUUCCGGCUAGGGCUGACGAGGAAGUGCAUACAGGCCAUCUUCACCUUCACCAGGAGCAUGAUCUUCAACAACAUCGAUACACCAACCACCAGGAGCAACAGCGCAUGGCUGCAGCUGCGGCAGCAUUUCAGAUCAGCACACCAGCAGAGCCUAUAACCACGAUGAUCUCCUCAUCGCCGAUGGUUCACCAUGGUUCAGUCAUACUUCAACAGCAGGAGCCAUAUGACCAUUCUGCGAGUUACCGUCAUCAUCAGCAGGAGGAUGAGCAGCCACACCAAUCUAGAAAUUUUGAUGGUCGGUCAACUUCUGGGCUCGAAGAGGUGAUCAUGGGAUGCACUUCCAGGAGGUCCAGAAGAGGGGAAGCAUCAGGUUCAGGUGGUAACAAGGAGAGCAGUGACUGGCAGUACCCAUCCUUCUGGCCAUCUGACAGCCAGGAUCAUCAUGGGUAGACGAGCAACAACCUGCAACCACACCUUGAGUUGCAGCCAACCUUGGAGAGGCAACCAAAAGCAAACCAAGAACCUGACACCAUCAUUACUACCAUGAUAGUGAUCAGCAUACAUACACCCUAUAUCGUACUACCAUAUAGGCUACAAGACUGAAAGCAGGAGUGUCCAUGGCUUCGAAGAAGCAAACAAAAGGCAAAGUUAUAGCAACAAAAUCCAAACCCAGCUUUUAGCGCUCUCUCUCUCUCUCUCUCUCUCUCUCUCUCUCUCUCUCUCUCUCUCUCUCUCUCCCCGCUCGCUUCUUUCUCUUCAACCUAUGCGUCUGGAUAACGGGAUGGAAGUUUCAUUUGAGUGCUCAAAUUUACAUGCAUGUCUAAAGAGACAAAGAUGAUAUUGGAGGAUAAAGCAAAAGGGAGAAUCAGAAAAGGAAAGCAAGAGACAUAAAACAAAGGUGACGUCACAUGAGAACGGUCAGUUAACCGUCGGUUGCGCACAGUGAUCGAUGCAGAAUCAUUACAGCAAUGAUAGUCCAUCUUGGGCUGGGAUUUUCUUCAACAAUCCCCCUCAAACUGUUUGAUACUACCGUUAUACAAUUCAUUGAUUUCUUAUUGUACUUGUUUGCAUAUUGGUACACCAUUUUCCUUUGGGUGUAUACUGAGCAACUUAAGCGGCUAAUUACUUUUGGGAAAAGAAUGAAAUUCAGGAUGUAAUUGUAAAGCAUUUUAUGUUGCUAUAUGGAGUUGAUCCAUUUUACUAUAUCUUUAAUUAUUUGAAACCAUAUUUUGCGGUUUUUAUAUGAUUCACUUGGUAUU